CAUUCUACUAACUUUCCAAUCAUGAUAAUCAUGCUCAAAAGCAUACAAGCUCUCAGAUUCAAACUGCUAAAGAACUGAAUGAAUGUUCCAAACUCUUGGAUGUGUGGCUCCUUUGCAACAUAUAAUACUCAUGGGUACUAGCAGGAAGCUGUCCUUUUUGACAUGGAAUAUACGUGGGUUCAAAAGGAAGACUGAGGAAGUAAUGGCAGAAAUAGAGAAACAUGAAUGUCAUGUUGCCUUCAUUCAAGAGACACACAUUAAUUCAACUGACAAAAAUGUUUUUGCGAGCCUUGACCAUUGGAAACCAUUUUUUACAAAAUACAAACCAAAAGAAAGAGGUGUUGCUAUUUUGAUAAGAAAAGAGAUUGUAGGGAAAUCAAAGAUCUGGACCCGCAAGGAUACUACAGGCUGCUACAUUGUGGUAAAAUGUACCAUCAAAGGUCAGCUUUACACACUUGUGAGUGUAUAUGUUCACCAAGUGGAUUCAAGACCUCUGAAGAGACUCCGAAUGAUACUCGAGAAUUUUGCCGAAGGAAUCUUAUUGAUUGGAGGAGACUUCAACAUUGCUCUGAAUACAUAUCUAGACAGAGAUUCUUUAACAUUAAAUGAGCGACAUUUCAUGUUGAAACCAACUGUGGAGAAAUUUAUGACAUCCUUUCAUCUUGUGGAUGUGUGGAGAAGGCUCAAUCCAAUAGCUCGGCAAUAUACUUAUUCAAUAGUUUUGAAAGAUUCAAAAGAAAAAAUUCCAAUUUCCAGACUGGACUAUGUUUUUGUACCAGAGGAAUCAGUGCAAUGUGUACAGAAAUGUAGGAUUUCUGAGGAAAACUGCUGUUCUGACCAUCAGCCGGUUCUGUUUGAAAUCAGGUGCAACACAAACCGGAAAUCACCAAAUCAUCUGGAUGUCAGAGCAAAGGAGAAAAUGGAUAUAUCUAAAUUUGUUUCUGCGGUUUCAAACCAAUGGCUAAGUUGCAAAGAGAAAUUCUGGGGCCGUAAAUUUGUUUUCACUUUCAGCCAAGAUGCAUUUAAAUUAAUUAAUGUUUUGGAUGUUCAAAAAGCAAUAGAGUCCUUGGCAGGGAAUGAAAAAGUUAAACGGAAAGAUGGUGUAUCACUCUUAUUCUAUAAGAGUUAUUAUUGCGCUCUAAUUCCAUAUUUGUGUGCUUUUUACCACAAAGUACUUGAGCAACCAAUGACCAUCCCAAAGUCUUUCAAUGAGGGUUAUCCUGUGUUUCAGCAUCAUUACAUCUUUAAUGUUGACUAUCUGAUUUUAGCCACAAUCAUGGCCAGAUGGCUUAGUGAUCACUUGGAUUCACAUUCAACAGACUACAUUGUUGACAAGAAAUGUAAAAAAGUGUUGUUCACCUUUAAAAAGGGACCAAAAAUGGUGCCAUGGAGUUUCUUUGAGCGCUGCUUUAAUACAGAGCAACAGAGAGAGCCACGUUUACACACUAAAUUUAAGAUUGAUAUUCUUGAAAAUAUCCUGCAAAACAGCCCUGAUAGAAGGUAUAAAAUUCUGUACUGGGGUUGUCCUCUCACUCCAGUAUUGAUGAGACUGUUUCUCAUACACAUUGCUGAAAGAUUUGUCGAACAUGUGAAGCAGCCAAAAGCAAAGAUCCACAUUUCCAUAGACAAUGUCAUUGUGAGUCUCUCUGAGAAUGUUAGUAGAGAUCUGCUGGAAAAAGCAGAGACUGAAUUACCCUGUGUGCACUGUAAAUUUGUUGAUGAGCUCACAAGGGUCGGUGUCCAAGUAGCCACAAAUUCAUCAAACAGCUAGUUUACAGACAUUUGACAAGAUUUUAAAGCAUAAACACUGAGUGCAUUUUAAUGUCUGCAAAAUGUCCUGCCCAACUUAAGUUGAAUUUCUUUAGCUGCAGAAUCAAUUUGACCCAGUGUCUUCUAGGAAGUACAAAUGUUAAAUUAAAUAAAACUAAGAAUUUUAUUAAUUUAAGGCUUUUAGGUCAUACUAAGAAUUUUAUUAAUUUAAGGCUUUUAGGUCAUUAAUCUUUACAUUAAAACACAUGAUCAAACCAUUAAAUUGUGUGUUGAAUGGAUCUGUUGUUGUGCUAUGCCCCCUAACACUGGGUUAUUCCUUAAGGUCACUAUUUGUGUUUUCUGAAUGUUAUAUACAGUCAUAUAGACUUUGUAGAUAUUUGUAAUUUCAUAGAAUGAAGAAUUUAAAUAUGAUUUCAUUUGUAAUCAAAUUAAUUUUCAAAAACACUGCUGGUUGUAAUGUAAAAUAUGGUGUCAAGAAAACAAUUGUCUAUAUGAAAUCAAUCUGAAUCAAUCUUCCUUCAGAGUUGUCAAAAAUAUUUCUACAAAUUAAAUUACAUUCAUUUGAUAACAUGAUUAUUUAAAGUUUAUAUGAAUCAAUGACAAUGCACAAAGCUGAAAAUGCACUGAAGGAUAGUGCAUCAAUUUUUAAUAGUUCAACAGAUUUGUUGUACCAUCAAAUAAUGUUAGUUGUGAAUACAUAUGCUUAAGCAAAUAUAUGCCAGUAGAUGAAUGAUUCAUUUAUGACAUUUGUGUGAUUUAAGAACUGGAAAUGGUUGAUUUACACUGAUUUUAUUUUAUUUCUGUUGUUGUCAUCUUUAUCAUUGAAGAAAACCAUGUUAUAUUAUUGUGAUGGCCAUGAUUUAGGCCAUACAUAGGGUCUUUACAUUUAUAUCUGGACUUGUCAAUAAAUGAAAGGAAACUACACCAUUGGAUUUAUUUACCAUAUUUAUUUGCCAGUAUAGUCAGUGCACAGGCUUAGCUGUCUGGCUUAAAGGAAAACAAUAUUAAGAUCAGUUAAAAUUCCUUUAGACUAAAAUGUUACUAAAAUCUGAUUUACCCGCUUUAUAUUGACUAAAAUAACUAUAGGAGAGGCUCCAAAACCUGUUAUAUUUUGAUUUAAAAUGUUUGGUACCUGCUGUGGUUAUUUCAUUACAUUUGGAUAGACUGGUCCAACAGCAAAGAGUUUCAAACAGGAAAUGGAUCUGUUUUAUAAGAAAUUGUAAGGGUAGAUGGAAUAGACCAAAUGUGAAUUUGGGAACAUUGGGAAAGUUGGGAUCUUGAGUAAAUGGGACUUAAUACAGCAGAAAGUUGUUUACGUUAACCAAAAUUAUAUCCAUGGCUCUGAUUUUAGUUAAUUUAUAUAAUGUUGUUUCCAGGACAUGUGUUUUCAGUGUUUGUGUAAUAUUGUGUUUGUUAAUUCCCCCUUCUGUAUGUAUAUGGUGCUGGCCAACUCCUUUAAAUUCAGUGUGUAUCUUGUCUAGUGAGUUAGUCAGUUUGUUAUUUAUUUGAAGUGUCUAGAUCUGGUUAGGUUUUGCUGUGUUUUGUCCUCUGAGAGAGUAAGAGGCCAGAGCAACCAUAUUUUAUUUGAAAUUUUUUUUGUUCUCUUCACAAAUUAUAUGAUGUGAACUGAACUGCAUUUUGCUGAUAUUAUUAUUAUUAUUAUUAUUUUUUUAAGCCAUUAAUCAUGGCUGAUUGUGAAUUGUGAACAGCAUCCACACCACUAGGUGUCACUGUAAGUCCAAGGUGACUUGAGCAAUAAGUUACUGAGUGCACCUUUAAAAUGUACUUGUUAAUUUAGAGUAAUGAUUUUAUACACUUGAAAAAAUUAAUACAAAUGUAAAACAUUUAUUUCAUGUAGUUUACUCCAAUAACCCUCAUUAAAGAUUGCGUUUUAUGAAGGUAUGUGACAAAAUAUAUUUUGCCUAAUUAAUGCUGAACAACAACUACAUAUUUUUUUCUCAAUCUCUUUAUUGGGGAAUGAGUAUUCUAUGUUGACCUCCCUUUUUCAUUCUGUCUGUGUUCAUUUUUUUGUGCUUAUAUGUUUUCUGCUUAUAUUACACUGUAAAAUGUAUUAUGUGAUAACUACUUAAAAAAAGUAUGGUAACAAUA